AUGUCGACCAGAUCGAGCUCGUCAGAGGAUCGGCUGCUCCCCUCGGACUCUUCCGUCGACGGCAGCCCUGUCUCGACCCCCUACGACGAUGGCAGCGACGACUACUUCGAAGAGGGCUACUCGCUCAAGCCACAGAAGCGCCCUUCGACGCUUCAUCAGCGCCUCGUAGAUGCUAGAGAGCGCCUUCCCCUCGGCCUCGCGUCUGGCCUCGCCAUCCUCGCCGUCUCGACCGCCCUGCACGUCUUCUUUGGCAUGUUCUCCACCGUCCACCUCUUUCUCGCCGGCUGCAUGGUCCUCGUCGUCAACCUCUUCACCAGCAUCGGCUCGUCGGCGUCGAGAUGUCGUUCAGAGGGCGCCAAGCCGCUCCUACGAGCGGUGUCGAGCUGCCUGCUGCUCGCCGUCAUCUUUCUCGCCUGCACCCACCACUCGCCCUCGCGACAGGCACGUCUCACGCUGCCACCCGUGCAGAGCAAUGGCUCCUACUUCAUCGCGGCCAACCUCUACAACUCCGAGAGCCUCUUCCCCGCCUUCUCCGAUAGCCUCCUGCGGCUCUCGGACAUGCUCGGCCACAGCAACGUCUACGUGUCCAUCUACGAGUCCAACUCCAAGGACUCGACCAAGGACAAGCUGGCCGAGCUCGCAGGGCUCCUCGAACGCCAGGCGAUCCCGCACACCAUCAGGUCCGACAACGACGGCAUCAAGGUGGCCAAGAACAACCAGAUCGGCGCCACGCAGGCUCACAUCCAGUACCUUGCCGACGUGAGGAACAUCGCCCUCGCGCCCCUCGACAAGGGCCUGCGCAGCGUCGGAGGCCGUCCCUUUUCGCACGUCGUGUGGCUCAAUGACGUCUUUUGGAGGCCAGAAUCGGUCCUGGAGCUCCUCGCAACCAACGGCGGCGAGUUCGACCAAGCCUGCGGCCUCGACUUUAUCCCGCUCGGCUUCUAUGACACAUGGGUCACUCGCGAUGCCGAAGGGACAAGACUCAAGCCUCUCUGGCCUUACUUUGAGCGUCCUGCGGACAUCGACAGCCUUAGAGCGGGCCAGCCGAUCCCUGUCCGGAGUUGCUGGAACGGCAUGACGGCGUUCAGGGCCGACCUCUUUGUCCCGCAGUCGAAUGCCACACAGGCAGGGACAGCGGCGGUAGCGGCGAAGGCGACUCCAGAGCAGCAGCCCAAUACCACAACCUCGCCAACGUCACCGCUGCGCUUCCAUACCUUUCCCAAGUGCGUGGUGUCCGAAUGCUUGCUGGCAAGCUACGACAUCCACCUGCGCACCGCACCCACGCCCGCGCGGAUAUUUGUCAACCCGCGUGCCAUAGCCACCUACGACUGGCCCUCGUCGCUGCUCUACGACUCGAUCCUGCGUACUCGGCUGCUGGAUCCAUGGGUGGUGCUGUGGCAGGACUUUGUCUCGCACCGCCUGUUCGGAUGGAUGUCCGAGGUGGGGAGGAAGACGGACAAAUGCUCAGUCUACCUGGAGGCGGGCUGGACGUCCUCGGAUCAGUCCAGCCGCUAA